GUAUACCGUGGUUCGGUAGCCACGCACCGUCACAUCGUCCGUAGCGGAUCACGAAGGCACAUGUGAACGCGAACAGUCUCACCCUCACUCGUGUUUACACGCGCGGCAUAUCUCAUUGAACAGCAGGCAACGCGAGCGAACCGUCUUCAUACACUACGAGUGAACAUUAUUUACACCUGGCGCGAGGUUCUCGGUGAACAGUAUUCACACACAACGGAAAGAUUCUUGUGAACGUCACACACGUCACGAGGUUCCGAGUGAACAGUAUUGCUACACGACGAACUUCUUUAUGUGAACUGUUUUCACAUAACAUGAAGUUCUUUGUGUGAACAGUAUUCAUACACCACGCGCAGGUUCUUUGUGAACUUCGCACAGACGCGAGAUUUCCUGUGAACACCACGUGAGUAUCUGGCGGACGUGGCGCCACCAUCGCCGGUAUCCUACGUUCGACGAAGUACUAGACCAAGUUAACUAGACUCGCCGACGCCGACGCCGACGCCGACGCCGACGUGUGCUACUCGGCCGACGUAGAAGACAAUCGUCGGCGACCGCUUUUGCGUGCUUCGUCGUCGCCAUCGUCAUUGUCAUCGUCGUCGUCAGUGUCGUCGCGUGAUAGAGUAUAAUGAUAUAUAACAACAUGAUGCCAGUGACGCCGGUCGCAGCGAAGCCCAAACUCGGCUUCACCAUCGAGUCUCUGAUGAAGGACAGCAGCUGCAGCGGCGUCGCCAUGACGACCGCCGCCGACCGCGCUGCUGGGCUGGCGGCGUCCUUCCAUGGCAACUUCAACCAGGGACUGGCGGCGUCGACGAUGGCGCUAUUGAAUCCUCUAGCCGGGCUGCGCGCCUCUGAGCUGUGUCUGUCUCCACGGGAGAGCCAACAGCAGCAGCACCAGCGCGGCGGACAUCCGCUGCACAUUCCACACCCGCUGUUUCCGCAUCCGGCGCUGGCGGCGCAUCCGGGACACCAGAUGGCGCUGCCUCACCAGCGCGAUCAGAUGCCGCCAUUCUCGUGGCUGCUGGCGCAACAUGGCCGCUUCCUACGUCAUCGCUUCCCCGGACCGGAAGAAGCCGGAUUUCUUUUCCAACCAUUCCGCAAACCGAAGCGGAUACGGACUGCGUUCAGUCCGACGCAGCUGUUGCGGUUGGAGCAUGCAUUCGAUAAUAAUCAUUACGUCGUCGGUGCCGAGCGCAAGGAACUAGCGCGAGCUCUGAAUCUCACCGAAACUCAGGUAAAAGUCUGGUUUCAAAAUCGGCGAACGAAGUUCAAGCGAGUCAAGACGGAGGAAGAGGAAGAUGAGGAGGAGCAGGGAGGAGCCGGGCAAGCGGAGGAGGACGCAACACCAAAGAAGCAGAAGCCCUCGCAUCACGUCGAUAAGUGGAGAGCCGAGACGGGUGGCAGCACCACUGGCCGCGACGAGUCGAAUGAUGACGAUAGCAGUUAGUGAGGCAUGCGCCGUCGAACGUUCUAGCUGCUCCCGAUAAUUGCAUAUAUAUAUAUACAUAUAGUUUUGUUCACAUUUUUACUGCUGUGAAGUAAACUGUCGUUAGGCAUUUUAUUUGUAUAUAAUAGUAAAUAGCUUCCCUAUAUAAUUAUAUAUAUAUAUACAUAUAUAUACGCAUAUAUAUAUAUAUAUAUAUAUAUAUAUAUAUAUCGCGCGGACAGUGUGUAACAUAUUUAGAAUAGUAUCUUUAUAUCUAUUCCUAGAGGCUGUUGGCAACCGUACGUCACUAUAUAACGUUGCUUUCUAGAUAUAAUUUACGUUUACACCGUACGUGUUCGCUGACAAAUAUCCUUCCUAAUAUAAUAGUCAAGCGAAGUAAACAGUAUAGAGGCAAACCACGUCGCUGUAAACAAUAUUCCAUUACGGUUGUAUAAAUAUGACGAUGAUAAUGAUGAUAAUAAUAAAGAAGUCACGUCAACAAUUAUAUUA